AGUGAACUAUUCUCUCUCCCCCAUCAUUGUAAAAAGUUAUGAAAUCUUCUAAUUUGUACAUCCUGCUUUCAAGAGAGCUGUCUCAGUCACGAACAGAGUGCACAUUCUUUCCAAAAGUCGUGGUCAUGAAACAUUAUGUUAUGAUGACAAAAUUAAAAAAUGCAAAACUGAAUUUAUGGCACUUUAGAAUCUGUCACCUGUUUUUGUUUUCGUGUGCCUUUUUUGUGUUCGUUGUUUUGUUAUUUUUAAAAUCUAUCAGGUCCGAGCUACAUAAUAUUGUAUUAGCUACUUAAAGAUCGAAUAGAAAAUUGUCGAAUGCGAAACGGGAAAUGGAAUUAAGGAAGGAAGUUGAUAAAAAGGAAAACUGUUCAAAACACAUGGUCCAUGUAAAUAAGAUAUCGAAAGUAGCUUUGUUCUCAGUCUGUUCAGAAUGGAAGAAAACAAACACGUACGCGAUCGAAAGCGGAAAAAAUCAUCCGAAGUCCCCGUUCCAAAUGAGACUGAGGACAAAAAGAAACCCAGACAUUCCGAUGAGACCGAAACCCCGACGGUGAUAACAGAAAUAGAGUUCAAAUUCCUUUUACGGGACUCUCAAACAACCGCUGAAGGACUUGAGAAGUUUGUGGCCUCGGCUGACGCGUAUGCAGAUGGAGCGUGCUCUCAUGACAUUGUGGCCGGGUAUUGCCGGAGCUCUCCUAUGUGUGCCGAACUGUUCAGCCUCAUUGACUCAGCCUCUGAAACGCCAGCAAAACCCAGUGAACACAGCCAAGUGUUCUUAUGCCUGGAGCGGAUCCUCACUCGGAUACGGAACGACCUCACCAAGCACAGCUCCCUGGGGGAGACGAUUGUGCAGAAAAUCCUGGCCGGCCACCUGGGCCAGGUGUACAGGUGUCUCCGGGACCAGAACAAAUCCAAAACUAUCAAAUGUGCGCUGCAGCUGCUUAUUGCAAUGGCUAUGCUCAGCGACAAAGCGAAGAAAACCUUGCAGAUGAGACUGAAUUUUGAACAUCAGAGUUUCCCACCGUUAUUUAAAAGAAGGAAUAGAAAGGAUCCCCAAGACGUGCGGAGCUGCAUGGUUCUCUUGACCUUGGCCUUUGUCCUGGACAGUGACAGCAGUAGCACCGACACCCUGGUGCAGCAGAGAAAAUUCCUGCAAAUGACGAUUGGUGGCCUGAACUAUGACAGCAGAGAUAUGGUCAUCGAUGUUUUGGAGACUCUGUUGGAUAAGGUGGUGAAGUGUCCCACCGUCACCAAAACGGCCAAGGUCAAGUUAUUCUCGGAGCACAUUCUGCGUCAUCUCUGUGACCUUUUCAGCUGGAAGGGGCCGAAGGCGUGGGUGGCGGGCGGCAAGAAACGCCUGCAGGCGGAACAGGACGCUGCGGAGAUGGAAGACGACGAGGGAGACGACACCACGGAGGACAGAGAGCUCAUCGCCGAGGUGGCUCACAGCUUCCUGGUCGAGCUCUGCUGCUCUCGCAAAGACGGCAUCAGCUUUUACGACAAAACUGUCGGCACUGGGAAAAGGAAUCUGAACCAGCUCCUGAGCCAUUUCCUGGACGCUCUGGUCAAGCAGCUGGACAACAGCCACGUGGCGGAUCUGGUCGUGCGGAUAAGUCAGGCGUGUCCCGACCAGGUCUCUCGUGUCAUGGCCCACCUGGCGCCUUCGCUGUUGCCACGCUGGUCGGGGAAAUGGGAGCUCCACAUGGACUUUGUCGUCUCUCUGUACAGCGGUCUGCCCGACAUGUCGUCGGUGAUAAAUGACGUGAACGCUGACACUGUAGACAGGUCAAUAACCUUGGCAGUUGCGUCAGUUUUCUGCCUCCCAACGGCCAAAGUUGCCUCUGUCAUCACGCAGGGCGUAAAGCACGAGGACGAGCGAGUCCGCCACAAGGUUUUGCAACUUCUCCGUGUGUUCUGCACAAAGUGUGUCGCUGCUCUAGGCGUGCUGAGUUCACAGGGAGGUCAGGGGAACGGCGCGACGAGGACCAAGGGAGAAGAGAUGACCGAGUCUUUCGUCGCUGUUGUCCUCAAGACGUUGCCUCCCCCUGAAGUUCUCCUCGGCUGCGUGGACAAACUGUUCACCUCUCUCACCAAACAGGAGGACGCUGAACCCACGGCCGAGCCUGGAGUAGACGCCAACCAGCAAGCAGCCAGACUUCUCCAAGUGUUGAUUCUGUACCAGCGUCUGUCGCCGGCCGUCUUGUUGGACCGCCCGAGGAAUCUGACGCGGAUCAUCGAGUUGGUGACCAAGCUGCCGAUUCUGCCGCAGUCUGGUGCCGUAGACGGUGGGGAGGAGGGGAAUCUCACGGAGGACACAGGGAGUUCUCCGCAGCUGUGUCUGCUCAAGUUGUUGUCGGACACUGACAUGAAGAAAGUCGCUCUGGGUAGAGAGGGUCUUUUGGAAAAACUCAUUUUGUCAGCAACCUCAACGAAGCAGCAUAGGUCCCUUACUACUCAAUUGAUAUCUAAGAUAUUGCAGAGCGUGGAGGUUCUGAAAGGUCAUGAGAAGGAACUUCGUGUGUGGAUGACCACGGCUUUCUCCGAGGACGACAGCGACGAUGAUGAUGAUAAUGCAGGCUCAGACGUAGCUUCGUCGACCUCCAACGUGACCUUCCUGGCCCACUGCCUGUCAUCGUUGAUCAACAACCCGUCGCCGUACAUGGACAGAGUUGUGGCUGAGCUGCAGGACGGCGAGGAUGUUGUGGCAGGGAGGGUCGUCGCCUCUCAGGAAGAUAUUGCCGAAAUCCUUCGUCCUGAGGUGCAGGAGGAAGUAGAGCGCUGUCUGCGAGAGGGUCGCGUCAACGUCGGGAACACAGGUCCACAGCUGCCGGACUUGCUUCCCUUUCCACCGCUCGUGCUAGUAGCUCUAGACAAUUUGCAGUAUAACAAAACUGCGGACGAGAGCAUGCGGAGAUAUGUGAGCCAGGUCCUGGUCAAACUUGUGCACUGUCAGACUUGGCCUCACGACUUCUGCACCAUCGUCGGCAAGUCUUCUGCGGAGCUGUGCUCGGGGGUUCGAGAGUAUUUGAAGUUUUGGCUCCAGCGACCUGAAAUGCAGAAAAACCGAGAAGAAUCAGUCGUGUCCUCCCCUAUGCCCAAGAAGUUGUUUCCUCACAUCGAGCAGUGUGCCACGUUGAUGGACAAGUUCUCCUCUGCCCUUAUGACAACACACUUCAACGUGUCGUUGACGUCACAGGAUGUGUCAGCUCUCAGUGACGCGUGUCACGAUCACAUCGCGUCGUUGGCGGCGGACGACAGGCUCACGGCACUCGGCCAGACUCUGAUGUACAUGCAUCAGCUGUUUGUGUCGGAGAGACAGGGAUGUGUGGAACUGAUGCAAGCCUACUGCACACUGGCAGAAGCUUUGUACAAAUCGAUCGCGACCUUGCCCCAGGAGCAUGAAACAGCCAGCCAAUCAGAAAAGGGGGAGUCUCUGUCCUCCACCGACAGCCGAGCCCCGCGGGAUGGGGAAGUAGGUCAACAGGUGUGUGCGGCCGGUCAGAUCCUGCUACACCCGGUCCUGGGUACAGCGUUCCUGAAUGAGGUCGUUCGUAAAUCUCCAGGAAAGGGCAAAGAAGGGUCGCCAUCAGCGCCGACAAGUGAACUGUGCUGCGUUCUGUCCCAGUUCUUGGGGAGAGUGUUUGUUCAGAGCAAGAAUAUCUCGUGUGACGUCAUCCCGGAGGUUUACGACAAGUACUUGAUGGAGGUGGUGAGAAUCUGCCGUCAAGGUUUUGCCUCGGUCCCCACAUCAGCUCAAUCCACCAUCUUGGAGAUAUUGAAGGUGAUCGGGUCGGACAUGGGCUCCCCGUCGUGCUCCCAGGCGUUCUGGUUGAUGUGUGAGUGCGAGGUGACCCAGUUGCUGACCACUGCCGGUGGGAAGUCGGAGGCUGGCCCCAAGAAGUCGUCUCCCUUGUCCCCGCUAGGCAGAGUGUUUGUGGGGUUGCUGUCUGUGUGGAUGGAUCAUCUGGCGGGGCCCGGCCGGCUCUCAGAGUCUGUGUUGUUUCAGUGCGACCAAUCCCCGAACAACGGCGGAGCUGUCCUCAAUGGCAACUUUCAGAGUCAGAGAGAUGUGCGAAAGUUUCGGCAGUUUUUUGCUCUGCACGGCAAAAAUUGUAACUUUGAUGUCGCAAAAUUUUCUGUGGUUUUUCAACUCCUGAAUCGCUGCCAGGAUAAAGAACUGGAGGAAGUGAGUCUUCGUCUUCUCCAGACUGUUCCAGAAUGCAUCGAGACCUGUACCGACGCCUUCCUCCGUUCGUUCCAGCGCGUUCACCUCCUGAACGGAACACGCCAGAAGAUGUUAGCGAUCUUGAUCCAGAGCCGGCCGGACGUCUGUGACUGGUGCAGUAAGCUCGUCGCGGAGAAAGGGAAGACGGUUUCCUCGCAGAACCUGUGGUGGCUGGCAAGUAGCUGUCUACAAGCUCCUGGCGACUUCUUGUCCGAGGCAGAGAACACGGGUAUGCUGAGGGCACUGGAGAGCGUUGUCACGGGCAACGUGGAGAGAGUGUUGCUGGCAGCUGACCCGGAGGCCUUGACCUGUGUCAAUCUGUUGAUACAACGCUCCGGCAGGGGAGUGGACAUUUUACGUGAGUUUACGUCCCAGUUCACGUUGCACCCGGAGAAAGCGACAAAGCUGCACUUUGACGUUCUCAGAUCGGGCUUGUGCAUUCCGCGAAGGGAGACGAAUGAGGGGUUGAAGGGUCUGCCACAAAGAAGUGAUUCUGAUGAUGUCGGUGAUGUCCGUCGUAUCAGUGACGUCAGCGGAGGCAGGCGACAGGCGGAAGAAGCUGUCGCUGUCCUGGAAGCAUGUUUGCGACAGCUGAUGUGUCUGCUGGGAGCAAAGUCGGCGCGGGACUCGGGCCUGGAGGGACACGUCCUCACAUUGGCUCUAGACCUGCUCUGUGAGUUUCCUGCCAGAACAUUGGACAUUUUGCCGUCAAUGUGGGAGACGUUCGUGAAGUCGUCUCUGAGGUCGUUGUACACCAACUGGAAACUGUUGAGGCUUCUGUCAGAACUUGUCCCGGCGGUGUACGCGUCUGGCGUCGACCGGAAGCCUCUCGGCGGAGAAGGUAAAGUCCUAGCGGCUCACACCAUGUUCCAGAUGUGCAUCUCCCACACGGCGUUCCUCGACACCUUGCUGUCGGCACACAGUGGUGCUGCUAAAGAUGAGCUUGUGAACCUCCUCCACGCGCUGUGCGAGGUCGAGCCGUCGUGUUGCCAGACGAACCUGACCAACGUCCUCACCGCGGCCUACACCGCCACUCUGUCACUCACAGAUCAGCGGCUGCUGCAGAUGUUGGAGAAAUUUUUCAAGGCCAAAGGUUCUUCCUUUGAGUGCCCAAACCUGUGGGGCAAAGCGGCCUUGGAACACCGCAGCGUGUCAGACUUACUGGGCCCCAGCUUAGACCGUCAGGUGACUGUGAAGAGUGUUCUGGAGCAGCUUGAUCCUGCCACCAUGCGGAAGUCGCUGCUGUGUUUCCCUGUGCUCCGAUCCCAGCAGAUGGCCGGCGGAGCUGUGGUGGAGGCGAGGGCGAUGAAGUCGCGACCCGAGGCCUACGACCCCAGGUUCCUGCUGCAGCUGUUCAAUCAGAUUCUCUCAGAGGACAAGCUGGUGCCGGUGCGUCUGUUUGUGGAGAGAGACUGCUUGAGUUACCUCCUCGUGGCACUCUCCAGCCAUGACCUUACGACCCGCCUCCUGGCCUACAAGGCGCUCAACGACUUCUACCGCCACGCGGACGGGUCACGCUGCCACGAGAGGCUGGAGCUCACCUUUUUCCUUGACCUCCUCAACGCCAGUCGUUCCAAGAGCGGCCAGAAGCUUAGCUCGGUGAUCGCACUGUUCUUUGCCAGGGUCGUCAAGCUUUUCUUGUAUCCCGCUGACCCAGUCUAUAUGGCCGUCUUCCGGUUCCUGAUGGCCAGACCUGAGCUGGACCUGAGCAGUGUCCCAGAAUUCUACCAGCUGUUCUUCAGCGCGAAUCAGCAGCUCAAGUCGGAGCGCCAGUGGAUUCUCUCCCUUCUCGGCGACGGCAUGCGGGAGACGUCCGACUACAGGAUGCUCCAGAAACAUUUCAUCUUCAAGGUCAUCAUGUCAUUCUACGACUCAGUGCUCAGCGACCACACCUCCAGGAGGCUGGUCCUAGCGGUGGUGGAGAACGCCUGUCGGCUCAAGUCUGUCGCUGUCGACCUGGUCAAGAACCACGGCCUGCUCCUCUGGCUCUCUGCCCUCGCUUCUACUCUGCGCCUCAGUCCAGAGCAGACAGUUGGAGUGUGUGAUGUCGUCCACACCCUGUGGUUCACGUUGGCCUCGGGUCAGGUCAGCUCAGGGACCCCCGCGAGUUCUGGGACAUUGUCACAAGCCAAGGCUCAACCCAGACACACGUCGACCGUGGCUGGGAAACCUUUGAAGAGGAAGACCGAGCGUGGCACGUCGGAGGGGGAGAGGGAGGAGGGUGAGGGCGAAGAGAGUGAGGAUGAGGCGAGUGAGGAUGAGGAGCCCAUGGAGGAGGAGACGGGAGACAGCGGCCUGGAAGCUGAGCCUGUUUCCCGAGACGAGACAGCACACAAAGGGAGGCCAUCCGUCCCGCGGGCAACUCUGCUGGAGAUGGGCUUGAUCGUCAAGAGUUGUCUGCCUUACUUAAGACAUCUACCAGCUUGUGGCGUGUUCAAGAUUCUGCAGGUGAUGGAGUCUCUCGUCUCUGUAGAGCAGUCGUAUUUGAUGAAGGACAAGAAUAUCACCUCAAAGACAGCGUCAGAAAAUCCCCGCCUGCUGCGGAGCUGUAUCUUCACCUUGAGUGAGAGGGACUCCUUCCUGUUGGCUCAUGCCGUCUGCAAGUCUGUCGGAGAUGUGCAGCUUACCAAGGAAUUAGAGGAAACCCUCCGUGAGAAACGCUUCCUUUCUGAUUUUCAGACGUCGGGGAAAGGAAUUCGUGAAAGUGCCGCUGGAUCCAAGAAAUCUCUGACUUCAGCAGCAGCGUUAGAUACAAGUGUGAGAGACUCAGACGAGACUGUUGUGACUGAUACUGAUAAGACUGUUCUAGAUGAAGAUGUUGAAGGACUUCCAAAUCCCGACGGUAGCGACGUGUACGCUGUGUCCGCUAUGAAAGAUCUGUUGGUCAGAGUCUUAAAUGUCACUAGAGGGUUCAGCGGUGUUCAAAUUAGGGGGAAGUCUGAACAAAGGAAAUAAGCGUGGAGGAAGGAAAUUACAUGUAAUUUUGGAAUUGUCCAAGACGUUCACGGGUUGUCAAGGAGAAAAAGUGGUUGUCUUGGACGGGUGGGUGUCUCGGACAUUGUCGUUACGAUGUAGGGAAAACAUAAAAGGGGAAGUGAGAAGUGACCGUUUGUUCUAAUGUGAUUGUCUGAGACAGAUGGCCGUUAGAGCAGCUUCGACUCUGUGUGUGAAACUACAUUUGUUAAUUUGGCCUGUGACUUUGUCUGCUAAUGAAAUAUACAUACAUAUGUGGUACUGUGUAAAUGGAUUUCUUAUUUCAAGUUUUGUGAAUAAGACGUUUUUGAAUCACUGGAUAGUAGCGACUGGCUUGUUUGGGAGAAAUGGUGUAUAACAUAGACUCAUGAUGUACCGGUAUAUAUAUAUAACAUGAUGUAUGUUAUAUAACAUAGAUACGUUAUGUAUAUAUAUAUAACGUGAUGUAUGUUAUAUAACAUAGACACAUGAUGUACCAGUAUAUAUAUUACGUGAUAUAUGUUAUAUAACAUAGAUACGUGAUGUAUGAUGUCAUGUUGUGAUUUUAGUUGUGAGAGAAAGUUGCGGUCCUAAUUUGUUGUCAGCAUGCUUUGAAUGGAUUGUGAUUGUUUGAAUAAAAUAAAGAUGAUAAAAAUGUAAA